AUGUACCGGUCCUCUCCCCUGGGUCGCUCCCUUUCCUUUGGACCUUCUCCCCUGGGUCGCCCCCUCCCUUUGGGUCCUCUCCCCCAGGUUGCUCCUUUCCCCCAGGCCCUCUCCCCUGGGUCACUCCCUCCCUCUGGACCCUCUCCCCGGGUCGCUCCUUUCCCCCAGGCCCUCUCCCCCAGGCCCUCUCCCCUGGGUCACUCCCUCCCUCUGGGUCCACUCCCCCGGGUCGCUCCUUUCCCUCAGGCCCUCUCCCUUGGGUUGCUCCCUGUCCCCUCCCUCUGGGUCCUCUCCCCCGGGUCGCUCCUUUCCCUCAGGCCCUCUCCCUCUGGGCCCUCUCCCCUGGGUCACUCCCUCCCUCUGGGUCCACUCCCCCGGGUCGCUCCUUUCCCUCAGGCCCUCUCCCUUGGGUUGCUCCCUGUCCCCUCCCUCUGGGUCCUCUCCCCCGGGUCGCUCCUUUCCCUCAGGCCCUCUCCCUCUGGGCCCUCUCCCCUGGGUCACUCCCUCCCUCUGGGUCCACUCCCCCGGGUCGCUCCUUUCCCUCAGGCCCUCUCCCUUGGGUUGCUCCCUGUCCCCUCCCUCUGGGUCCUCUCCCCCAGGUUGCUCCUUUCCCCAGGCCCUCUCCCCUGGGUCACUCCCUCCCUCUGGACCCUCUCCCCGGGUCGCUCCUUUCCCCCAGGCCCUCUCCCCUGGGUCACUCCCUCCCUCUGGACCCUCUCCCCGGGUCGCUCCUUUCCCCCAGGCCCUCUCCCCCAGGCCCUCUCCCCUGGGUCACUCCCUCCCUCUGGGUCCUCUCCCCUGGGUCGCUCCCUCUGGGCCCUCUCCCCCGGCUCGCUCCUCUUCCCCAGGUCCUCUUCCCCAGGUCCUCUCCCCUGGGUCGCUCCCUUUCCUUUGGACCUUCUCCCCUGGGUCGCCCCCUCCCUUUGGGUCCUCUCCCCCAGGUUGCUCCUUUCCCCCAGGCCCUCUCCCCUGGGUCACUCCCUCCCUCUGGACCCUCUCCCCGGGUCGCUCCUUUCCCCCAGGCCCUCUCCCCCAGGCCCUCUCCCCUGGGUCACUCCCUCCCUCUGGGUCCACUCCCCCGGGUCGCUCCUUUCCCUCAGGCCCUCUCCCUUGGGUUGCUCCCUGUCCCCUCCCUCUGGGUCCUCUCCCCCGGGUCGCCCCUUCCCCUCAGGGCCUCUCCCUCUGGGCCCUCUCCCCUGGGUCACUCCCUCCCUCUGGGUCCACUCCCCCGGGUCGCUCCUUUCCCUCAGGCCCUCUCCCUUGGGUUGCUCCCUGUCCCCUCCCUCUGGGUCCUCUCCCCCGGGUCGCUCCUUUCCCUCAGGCCCUCUCCCUCUGGGCCCUCUCCCCUGGGUCACUCCCUCCCUCUGGGUCCACUCCCCCGGGUCGCUCCUUUCCCUCAGGCCCUCUCCCUUGGGUUGCUCCCUGUCCCCUCCCUCUGGGUCCUCUCCCCCGGGUCGCUCCUUUCCCUCAGGCCCUCUCCCUCUGGGCCCUCUCCCCUGGGUCACUCCCUCCCUCUGGGUCCACUCCCCCGGGUCGCUCCUUUCCCCCAGGCCCUCUCCCCUGGGUCACUCCCUCCCUCUGGACCCUCUCCCCGGGUCGCUCCUUUCCCCCAGGCCCUCUCCCCUGGGUCACUCCCUCCCUCUGGACCCUCUCCCCGGGUCGCUCCUUUCCCCCAGGCCCUCUCCCCCAGGCCCUCUCCCCUGGGUCACUCCCUCCCUCUGGGUCCUCUCCCCCGGGUCGCUCCUUUCCCUCAGGCCCUCUCCCUCUGGGCCCUCUCCCCUGGGUCACUCCCUCCCUCUGGGCCCUCUCCCCUGGGUCACUCCCUCCCUCUGGGUCCUCUCCCCUGGGUCACUCCCUCCCUCUGGGCCCUCUCCCCUGGGUCACUCCCUCCCUCUGGGUCCUCUCCCCCGGGUCGCUCCUUUCCCUCAAGCCCUCUCCCUUGGGUUGCUCCCUGUCCCCUCCCUCUGGGCCCUUUCCCCCGGCUCGCUCCCUCCCUCUGGGCUCUAG